AUGGCCCCAACCAACGACGCAAACAACCGAGCCACAAAGGCUGCGGGUUCGGAUUCGGGGGAUGCCGAUUUGGCCCAAGCCUACCGGGACCUUGCUAGGGGCGAGCAAGCUGCUACCAACCUCGAGAACAACCUCACAAACCUCGAAAGCAGACUUGACGCCAUACUUGCUGCCCUUGAAGCCAACGAAAAUAUACAGGUUCCUGCAGCUACCAAGGUAUCUCAGGCCAACUACUCUUCUCAAAGCACCAGAGCAACAGGCAACCAAGACAAACUCCAGGACGGUAUCAAUGAAAACGUAGACAAAAAGGACACAGCUUGA